UACCACUACUAAUCAUCAACACCGGCAUCGAUACGCACCUUCAGCGUGCUUCGGUGCGGCCAGCACGUGAGGGCCUAGUCCCCAUGGUGCCGUUCAAGCCGCUCUUCAUCUCGAACGAGGGGCAUUGUAGUCUACUCAUCGACCCCGCGUACACGUUCCGCUGACAGCGAAGAUUGAGUACACUUGACGGGAAGACCAUCUCGAAUUGCCGCACCGUCAUCAGUCACAAUGACUGAAGUCUGGGAAGAGUAUCGUGACCGCAUCGCAGGCGGCUGGCAGAUCGUGGAAGUUGAGCAACGCGACUCCUCUACCGGAUCAGUCGUUUCGAAGCCCGAACUGACUGGAAAAGUGUACAUUUCACCCCAAGGAUGGCUAUCUGCACUCAUCGCAGACUCUGUCGCCAUAAAUCCGCUACCUUCAGGCCAGCAGUUCAGAUCGGCAUCUGAUGCUGAAGUGGCCCGUGUCGCUCGAGGUUUCCAAGCCUAUUGCGGCUACAUGAAGCUAUUCAAGGAUGACCAAGGACAGCUGUACUGGCAGACCAAGUCUGAAAUCGCCUCUGAUCUUAAUCAAUUGGGAGGCCUCCAAGAAAGGCUCGUUUUCUUGUCCACGGAAAAUGGCAAAGAGUACAUGACACUGAUACCCAAGGUGCAGCGAGUCGCAGCGGACGGAAGAAAAGUGCAAGCCGUUUUCAAGUGGGAGCGAUUCGAGCAAGCAGCUAGAGCAAGCGUCUGAUGAACCAGCGUUUGUAGAUCAACAAAUGAGAUGCUGGACGCAGCACGUACAUCCCUCCACUCAACAUCAUCUUGCUACGCCUGGCGGCGGUGUGUCCGAUUUCUCUCACCUGCCCGUGGCCGGUCAGUAGCAAUGUCCCAGGUCCCAAAAGGUCGGACAGCCAAACGGUUAUGGUUCAGAUACGAGCGACACGAGCAUCGACGCCUAACAUACGUCUUCGAGGCCAACAGUAUAGUAAGCACUCCGGAAAAUUUCGAC